CAUGGUUCAUGAUGACGCAUUUUUGGACAAUUAUCUCCUUUUAUAUAUUAAACUAGGAGAUGUUCAAAGUAAUUCCAGUGAACAAUCUUUGGCUGAUGUUCUGGAGAGAAUGCAAAGAAAAGAUGAUUCUACUUUGGAUGGGGCAGAUGAACUUAAAUAUGAAGAUUCAAUAUUUAAUCUCAUAGUACAAAAGUGUAAUUUUACAACCUAUCCCAUAAUUGUUUGGGCAAGAAAUUGGAAGAUCAAAGAGGUUAGCGACACUUAUGAUUUUGUAUUUGAUAUUAAUGGAUUCAAUGAAAGCCAAUUGAAAAUGUAUUUUCAAAAAUUUUUCAAUGAAGAGUACCAACCGUUUGUAAAGCCCAUAAAUGAUUCUCUUGAUCAAAAAAAGGCAGAAAAGUCUGAAAUACUAUUCCAAACUCUAAAAACAGAAAACUUAAAAGUCUUUAAGAUUUGUAAUAAUCCAUUAAUGGCAUGUUUAGUAGCUGGUAUAUGGGAGGAAAGGGAAACUGACAUUAUAUCUAAUAAAUAUUCCAUCUUUGAUCAAACAAUACAGAUUCUUCUCUCCAAAGCUGGAAUUGUUUCAGAAAGUAAUGUUUAUUUUGAAAUAUUGGACUACUGUUCAAAACUUGCCUUUGAAAAUUUACUUAACAAUAAAAAAAUAUCAAUAAAUGAAAUUUUACAGAAGUCAGAUUUCAUUGGUGGAUUAUUGAUUCCAGUUAAGAAAAGAUCAGUUGUGACCCAUUUGCAAGAGUUUACAUUUAUACACUUCUUCUUUCAAGAAUAUCUCACUGCAAGAUACAUUCUUAAUCUAUACAAAGAAGGCACUAAUAAUGAAAUGAAUAUUCAAUCAUUAAAAUCCUAUUUUGAUAAGUUUAAAAAUCUGUUUCUAUUGAAGAAUGUUUUCAGCUUCAUUCAAGAAAUAAACAGUAAAGUAUUUUCUCAAAUGAUUGAAGAGAAUGAAAAUAUUCUCACGGUAUUGGAAACUGAUCAAAGAAUUAUUGAAGUAAUUAAUACAAGGGAUAAAAACUCAAUUGAAUUGGAGGAAAUUUCAUUAUCAUCGACUAUAAUUGAUAUUCUAUUUGAUUGUUAUCAAAAAAAUGUUAAAGUCAUUAAUCUUAAGUUUGUCAAGAUGAAUUUACCACAUUUUAUAGAAAGUUGUGUUAACCAAUUAGAAGAUAAAUUAGAAAUUUUGAAACUCUAUGGAGGUGUUGAAGAAUUAAUAAAAAUUGAAAUACUUGAAAACUUAAUGAGAAAAAUGAAAAAGUUGAAAGUUUUAAAUAUAACUAAUAUUUCAUUCAAUGAUAAUAUAAUUCCAGUUGAUAAAGGUUAUAUGAUAUUUGCAAAUCAAUAUAGACAAAUGACAGCUUUGCAAAUUAACAAUUGCAAUACAGAGCUUGAUUCAGAAGUGAUAAAAAAUUUUUUGGAGCUAAAUAAACAAAUAGAAGUUCUUGAGUUGAAAGGAAAUGUUGUGAAGGAAAGCUAUGAAAAUUCCUUUCUUACUGUUCUUUUAUCAUUGCAAAAUAUGACACAUCUAAAAUUGCCAAGAAUAGUCCAUAAGAAAAACAUUUGGAGAGAUCAAAAAUUAUCAGAAAAUAAAAAAAACUUAAUAAAUCUAAAAUCUUUGGAUAUGGGAGAAAAUUGUAUUCAAUGUGUGUGUAUAGCUAACUUUUUUGAACAAGUUUCACAAAGUUCAAAAUAUUUAUACUCUCUAUGUUUAAGAAAGUCUAGAAUUUCUUCACAAGUUGUUAACAUUCUGUCAAACUCUUAUAAUAAAUGGGAUGAAAGACAAGUAGAGUCCAAGACUGAAAAUCUCCAGAUUGUAAAUCUCUGCUGGAAAUUUCAAUCGUGUGAAUUUGAAUUGAACUCAAAUGACAUUGAUAAACUGUUCAAUGGCAUGUUUUACUUCAAACAAUUAGAUAUAUCCAAUAUAAAUGCAGCAUUAGUUAUUAAAAAUCUGUUUAAAUCAAAAUCUCUUGAAAGAAUUGAAAGUUUAAUAUUAAGAAAUUGUCAUAUAACACCAAAAGAGCUAGCUGAACUUGGGUUUUGUAACUGUGAUAUUGAAUCACAAGUUGAAACUCUUGUUGGAGAAGCAAUUGGAAUGCAACCAGAGCUUUUUCAUCUUGACCUCUCAAACAAUUUGCUUGGCACAGAAAUUGGAAAAAUUGUACAAUGCAUUGACCUAUCUAACUGUGGAUUGGGAUCAGAUAUUGGUAAUGUUGUUGGUGCAGCAAUUGGAAAGCAAAAAGGCCUUACUGUGUUACAACUCUCAAAUAAUCCUCUGGGAACUGAAGUAGGAAAAAAUAUAUUUGAAAAUAUUAAAGGAACUUGCACAAAAUUAGCAUGCAUUGACCUAUCUAACUGUGGGUUGGGAUCAGAUAUUGGUAAUACUGCUGGUAAAGCAAUUGGAAAGCUAAGUGACCUUACUGUGUUACAACUCUCAAAUAAUCCUCUGGGAACUGAAGUAGGAAAAAAUAUAUUUGAAAAUAUUAAAGGAACUUGCACAAAAUUAAUCCAGAUUGCUUUUGACAACUGUGGAUUUGGGUCUGAAAUUGGCUCAAUUGUUGGUGAAGCAAUAGGUAAACAAACUCAACUAUCACUCCUGUAUUUGCAACAUAAUGAAAUUGGAACUAUAGUCGGAAAGUAUAUUUUUGAAAAUAUUAAAUUUAACUGCACAAAAUUGAGCAAAAUUGCUUUUGACAACUGUGGAUUUGAUUCUGCAAUUGGUCCAAUAGUUGGGGAAGCAAUAGGUAAACAAACUCAACUAACAGAACUUUUUCUGCAAGAUAAUAAAUUUGGAACUAUAGUUGGAAAGCAUAUUUUUGAAAAUAUUAAAUUUAACUGUACACAUUUGUCAACAAUUUGUCUGAAUAAUUGUGGAUUACAAUCAGAAAUUGGUCCAAUAGUUGGUGAAGUAAUUGGUAAGCAAACAGAGCUUACUGGAAUAUCUUUGACAAAAAAUCCAAUUGGAACAGAAGUUGGCAUUGGAAUCUUUGAAAACAUUAAAAGAAAUUGCACAAAAUUAUCAAGUAUUUGCUUAAAUAACUGUGGAAUAGAAUCACAAAUUGGCCUGGUAAUUGGUGAAGCAAUAGGCAAGCAAAAACAUCUCACUGCACUGGAUCUGUCAAACAAUCCACUUGGAACAGAAGUGGGAAAAAAUUUAAUUGAAAAUCUUAAAGCAAAUUGCACAAGAUUAUCAGAAAUAUAUCUAAACAACUGUGGAUUUGAUUCAAAUAUUGGACCCGCUAUUGGUGAAGCAAUAGGCAAGCAAAAACAAUUAAGUGUCCUUGACAUUGGAAACAAUGCAGUGGGAUCUGUAGUUGGAAGAAAUAUAUUUGAAAACAUUAAAGAUAAUUGUAAGCAAUUAAUUAAAAUAAAUCUAAUAAAAUGUGAUCUUGAAUCAAAUAUUGGUGAAGCUAUUGUUGAAGCAAUUGGAAAGCAAAAACAGCUCUCUCAACUGAAUCUUUCAGACAAUCCACUUGUACUGCUCUUGCUGGCAAAAUCUAUGCGACUUAAAUGGUUGAAUCUUGAAGGUAAUAAAUUGGGAUCAGAAGUUGGAAAGAGUAUCUUUGAAAAUAUUAAGUUGAAUUGCUCAGAUUUAAGUGCAAUCAGUCUUGCUUCUUGUGAACUAGAAUCAAACAUUGGUUGCGUUAUUGGAGAUGCAAUUGGACGACAAACCAACCUUACCACAUUGCAUCUGUAUAAUAAUUCACUUGGAACAGAAGUAGGCAGACAUUUUUUUGAAAAUAUUAAGUUGAAUUGCAAUGGGUUAACUACAAUUAAUCUGGCUUCUUGUGCAUUUGAAUCAAACAUUGGCUGUGUCAUUGGAGAUGCAAUUGGAAAACAAAAAGGACUUAAAUGGUUGAAUCUUGAAGGUAAUAAAUUGGGAUCAGAAGUUGGAAAGAGUAUCUUUGAAAAUAUUAAGUUGAAUUGCUCAGAUUUAAGUACAAUCAAUCUUGCUUCUUGUGAACUAGAAUCAAACAUUGGCUGUGUCAUUGGAGAUGCAAUUGGAAAACAAACUGGACUCCAAUGGUUGAAGCUUGAAAAUAAUAAAAUUGGUUCAGAAGUUGGAAAGAGUAUAUUUGAAAAUAUUAAGUUGAAUUGUAGGUAUUUAAUAACAAUUAGUUUUGCUUCUUGUGAACUAGAAUCAAACAUUGGUUGUGUUAUUGGAGAUGCAAUUGGAAAACAGAGAGAACUUACUUAUUUGGACAUUUCACAUAAUAAUUGGGAUCAGAAGUUGGAAGAUAUAUCUUUGAAAAUAUUAAGAAAAUUGCACUAA